AUGCCGUUUUGGGACGAAAACGCAGUAUACUGCGCGUUGAUUGGCCAGAAACCUCCGCCACCGCCUCGAGUCGAUGGCGGUGCAAUGCAUAUCUACAACAUAUGCAUGCUAAUGCAGAGGCACAACAGAAUAAGCAACUUGCCAGCAAGUGCAGACCAAGAGGCACUGCGAGGCGGUGCCAGUGCCGGUACCAUGUUCCUCGUCCAUGUACCCUCUCGCCGCCUCUCGCCGCCUCUCGCCUCCCCUUCCUCAUCUCUCAUCUCCUCUAUCUCGACACCCCCAGGCUCCCGUUCGGUUUCCCAUCUUGGCGACACAUGGCUUGGGUGGAGCGGUCAAAGGGCUGCUAGUUGCCUACGCCAGUGCCAGCGCCAUCGCCCAGAGGAGAGGCCCCCAAACUUCGCCUGUGCAACACCGGAUUGCUGGGUAAAUCAUCCGCGCCCCCGUGCGAAGCCACAGCGCAAGCAUGCCUCGCGCCAGGUCGGAUAUGGCAAUGGCUGA